AUGACUUCGUUCCCGCAAAAACACCAGUUCAUCCUGCCGCAUCCGCCUGCACCAUCGGCAACGGCAGCUCUCUCGAGCCCAGCCCGGCCUCUCAAGAGGCGAUUGUCUAGUGUCGACGCCUCAUCCGCACCGAAUGUUGCCUCAACCAACAGUGAGCAGCCCUUGAAGCGGGCAAAGCAAGAGGACAGCAGCCCCUCCGUUGCUGACGUUCCCUCGUGCGAUACUGCCAUGCAAGCAUCGGCGCCUGCUCCUGCUCCCGCUCCCGUCCCCGUGCCUGUGGUCGCGCCAGAACCUGCGCUUGAGUCGGAUCCGACUCCCACAAUGACUAACGACAUGGAAGAGGCGCGCGACGCCAUUCAGUACCAGUUUGGUCUUGAGAUCUUGCUCAAGCACAAUGAGCUGAGGCUAAUCAACCAAGAACUGGCCAAAUGCCAGGUUGCUCUCGAGCAGCUUCGUCGCUGCCAUCUCAUUCCGUAUCCCACUGCCUGCCCUACCCCGGCACAGAUGGUGGAUAUCAGCAACGGCAAAGGCCCGUCUCUGCAGAACCGGCCGGGAGAGUCUGUUCCCGAAUGGGCGCCGCCUUUUGGAGUCGUCGAUGGCCCAUACGCUCGACACUAUGCCAAGUGGCUCAUCCCAGAUCCCAAAUUUGAUGGCAUGCAGCUUGAGUGGUAUCCCGUGCUCGAGACUGCCCGUAGCAGAGGCUCGGCCGAGGGACGGACAACGAGAAACAGCAUGUCUGACCUGGUCAGCGCAAACAAGAACCGCCCGGUCCGGGGUCUGUCUGGUCAGAAGCUUCAGUCUCUGUCUAGCGGCUACCCUCAACCCAAGGAAAAGGCUGGACCUUGCGUUCUGAAGCGCUCUAAUGGUCAGACGGUGAAGCUCGUCUGCUUGGAUUGCAAUCGCGAGAACUUCAGCAGUACCCAAGGUUUCAUCAACCAUUGUCGUAUUGCGCACAGGAGAGACUUCAAGAGCCACGAGGAGGCUGCGGUGCACUGCGGUCACCCUAUCGAGGUGAAUGAAGGCGGUGGUAUCGUUGGAGAGGAGAAGCCUGCGCCCCCGCCUCCCGCCGUCGCCCCUGGUCUCGUUCAUCCCUUUGCCCAAAGCGACAUUUCUACCCAGGAGGCCUACUCUCGUUUGCUCUCUAGGCUCAAAGUGUCGAUCAAGUGGCAUCGUGAAGGCAAGCUGCCCGGUGUAUCGAGCAUUCCCAGCGCCCCGAAGGCGGAGCCCGCAGAACCUGCUGCUGAGGAGGCUGGAAACUUCGUUGCUUCGAAAGAGACACCCUUCCUUUCGCGACUCAUGCAGAGCAGGAACUUCAACGGCAAUCUCAGUGACAUUGUCAGUGACGCCAAGGAGAAGAUGUCACUGGAUGAUGUCGCGUCGCCUGGAGAGGAAUCGGAAGAGGUCGAGGCUGGUCUCAGCACUCCUACCAACAGCGUCGGCGUGCCCGCGGCCCGCGUGCCUUCGACCGCCAUGCGCGUCCCGGCAAGGGCCGUCAUGUCACCCGUUGCCUUGGCGCCGACGAGACCGACAAGCAGCAAGGGCCGGUCGCCUCACUUGGGCUUCGCUUCUCCUCCCAUGAGCAGUCCCGACAAGGACGAAGGGCCGAGAAUGAUGAUGCUCCACAACGAGGACGUCGACAUGGACGUUGACCUGAGUCCCAGCACAAUGGUCAGUAACAACGCGCCUUCGCUUGUGAGCGACGACGGGGAGUACGACGAUUCCGAUGACGGUUCUUCCGAGUCUGGCGUUAGCGACCGCAUGGAGGCCGAGUCGGUCUCCGACGUGGCUGAGAUCACGCUCGAUGAAGAUCACGAGGGACGACCCAUUCAUCACCGGGAAAACAGCGGCUCUAGCACCACGAUGCGUCUGAAGAAAGACGACAACAAGCACGUCACCUUCGUCAGCCCUGUCAACAACGGCGCGAAACGUUCCCGAAAAGUUUAG